GAAGGGAACAAUGGAGUUAUUUAAGAACGAAAACCAAUGAAUAUAUUGCCAUCAAGAAAAAUCACCAUUGCACGUUACUUCAGUCGCAAUGAAUUGCUCAGUCAUCCAAGCUCUGCUGGUUCUCACUUGUGGGUUGUGUAUUUUGGCGGUUGAUAAAAAUGAGCUGAGUGGUGUUCUGCCGACCGACGGAGAACGCGAGGUCUGCGAAAGAAACGCAGGAGAAAGAGCAGUGGAAGACGUCAAAAAGGACAGACCACGUUCCUGUCAUGUCGUCUGCAGUUAUGAAGAUGGAUCAGAAAACACGUACGCCUCUCCCAACGGACAGCUGUGUUGUGACAUGGUCGGCGUGGGACCCACCGGGAUGUAUAUCCUCGCGGCGAAUCAAGACCAUUUUCCGGCUCAUGAAGACGAAGUCCGGAUCUGUGAAGACGAAGCUAAAGGAAGAGAAUUUGUUAGCGCCAGAAAGACCAGACCAGCCAACUGCCAGUUUUUUUGCACAUAUAGAAGCGGGUCAGAAGAAAAGCACGACUCUCCCGACGACCAGCUGUGCGCCAACAGGGACCAGGUCGUCACUGGGACAUGCAAAGAUGGAAUAUGUCGAAUUGGCAGAUUUGUGUGAUCGCCUGCCCCUCAAGACAGCAGAUGAAAGCAAUAUUUCUUACGAAAAAAAAUAAAAUUUAAAAAUUA